AUGAAGGCGAUCCCUGUGGCUCUCCUGCUCCUCGUCCUUGUGGCUGCCGCCGCCUCGUUCCAGGAUCUCACUGUGGCUGCAGACAACGGCGGCGCGGUCCCGGACGGCGUGUGCGACGGCAAGUGCCGGAAGCCGGUGCUCGCUGAAGAAGGCCGGGCGGUGCAUGGGCCUGUGCAUGAUGUGCUGCGGCAAGUGCCAGGGCUGCGUGCCGUCGGGCCCGUACGCCAGCAAGGACGAGUGCCCCUGCUACAGGGACAUGAAGUCCCCCAAGACCCAGCGCCCCAAGUGCCCCUAGGAUGA